AUGUCGUCCAUGCGAGGCUUGGUGCAGUUCAUCGCCGACCUGCGAAACGCAAGGGCCCGCGAACUGGAAGAGAAGCGGGUGAACAAGGAACUCGCGAACAUCCGCCAGAAAUUCAAGGGCGGCAGUCUGAACGGAUACCAGAAGAAGAAAUACGUGUGCAAGCUGCUGUACGUGUACAUCCAGGGGUACGAUGUGGAUUUCGGGCACCUCGAGGCUGUCAACUUGGUGUCCUCGAACAAGUACUCGGAAAAGCAGAUCGGGUAUUUGGCCGUCACGCUGUUUUUGCACGAGGAGCAUGAGUUGCUGCAUUUGGUUGUGAAUAGCAUUCGCAAGGAUUUGCUGGAUAGUAAUGAGUUGAAUAAUUGCUUGGCCUUGCAUGCGGUUGCGAAUGUGGGAAGUCGGGAGAUGGGUGAGGCGCUUUCGAUGGAUGUGCAUCGGUUGUUGAUUUCUCCGACGUCAAAAGCCUUCGUAAAGAAAAAGGCUGCGCUUACGCUUCUCCGGUUGUAUCGCAAGUACCCUGGCAUUGUGCAGAAUGAAUGGGCCGAGCGUAUUAUUUCUCUGAUGGAUGAUCCGGAUAUGGGCGUUACCCUGUCUGUGACGUCGCUUGUGAUGGCAUUGGUGCAAGAUAGACCAGAGGAGUACCGCGGGAGUUAUGUCAAGGCUGCGCAGCGGCUGAAAAGAAUCAUUGUGGAUAAUGAGAUUGCCGCGGACUAUCUCUACUAUCGCGUCCCAUGUCCUUGGAUCCAGGUGAAGUUGCUGCGCUUGCUGCAAUACUACCCUCCGUCAGAGGACAGCCAUGUCCGCGAAAUCAUCCGGGCGUCUCUGGCACAGAUCAUGCAAAUCGCAAUGGAUACUCCCAAAAAUGUACAGCAGAACAAUGCCCAAAAUGCCGUGCUUUUCGAGGCCAUCAAUCUUCUCAUCCAUCUGGAUACCGAACACACCCUGAUGAUGCAAAUAUCCACACGACUGGGCAAAUAUAUCCAGUCGCGCGAGACGAAUGUCCGCUACCUCGGUCUCGAAGCGAUGACGCACUUUGCUGCUAGGGCCGAGACUCUGGACCCCAUCAAGAAACACCAAAAUAUCAUUCUAGGGUCCCUGCGCGAUAGGGAUAUCAGUGUCCGCCGCAAGGGAUUGGACCUCAUCUACAGUAUGUGUGAUACUACAAAUGCGGCUCCAAUUGUGAACGAAUUGCUGCGCUACCUGCAGACCGCCGAUUACGCGAUCCGGGAGGAGAUGGUCUUGAAGGUGGCUAUUCUUACCGAGAAAUACGCAACUGACGCCCAGUGGUACAUUGAUAUUACGUUGAAGCUUUUGUCCCUGGCCGGUGACCACGUCAACGACGAAGUCUGGCAGCGUGUUAUUCAGAUUGUGACGAACAACGAGGAGCUGCAGCCGUAUGCCGCUCAGACUCUUCUCACCUACCUCAAGAGCGACUGCCAUGAAAGCUUAGUCAAGAUUGGCUGCUAUGUGCUGGGCGAAUUCGGGCAUCUUAUCGCCGACCACGAAGGCUCAAGUCCCAUUGAGCAGUUUCUGGCGCUGCAAGCCAAGAUGAUCACGAGCACUGACAACACACGUGCGAUGAUCCUGUCCGCCUUUGUCAAAUUCGUCAACCUCUUCCCCGAGAUCAAACCGCAGCUGCUGCACAUCUUCCGUCUGUACAGCCAUUCGCCGGAUUCGGAGCUGCAGCAGCGUGCCUUUGAGUAUCUGUCGCUGGCGACACUUCCUACCGAUGAUCUUCUGCGAACCGUCUGUGAUGAGAUGCCACCAUUCUCGGAGAGGGCCUCGAUUCUGCUGUCCCGUCUUCACCAAAAGACCGCCGGCACCACCGAUAAGAAGACGUGGGUUGUGGGCGGAAAGGAUGCCAACGCAGACGGCAAGGAGAUCUUAAUGGCGCAGCACACCGGACUCAAGCGGACGUUUACUACGAUUGUGAAUGGCACAAAAACCGGAGCCACCGGAAACGCCGCUUCGGCGGGCGCAUCAGGCGACCUAGCAGGACUGGACCUGAGUGCAUCGGCCACGCCGCCACCGCCUCCUCCCAAUAUGGCCAGCGCGGCGCACCUUACGCCCGACUGGGAAAUUGGGUUCAACCGGCUGUACUUCUCCGACGAAGGCGUGCUGUUCGAAGAUGCUCAGAUUCAGGUUGGCUUACGGUCCGAAUUCCGUGCUCAUAUGGGGGUGGUCAAGAUAUACAUCACCAACAAAUCGUCGUUCUCAAUCGGCUCGCUCACCACGACCCUGGACAACCGUGCAGCGCCGAAUCUGAAGAUCGACUCCAAGAGUCUCCCUGAGCCUACCGUCCCGGCCGCCGGGCAAACGCAGCAGACUCUCUUCUUCGAAGCCAGGGGCCCGUUUUCUGAUGCGCCGACCAUCCGCAUCUCGUACCUCGCCGGUGCACUGCAGGCCUACACGCUGCAACUUCCGAUCCUGAUGCACAGAUACAUGGAGGCUUCGAGCCUUUCGGCGGAAGACUUCUUCAAACGGUGGCGGCAGAUUGGCGGGGGUCCACUCGAAAUCCAGAAUACCUUUGGGCUGGUCGCCAAGGCCGGGAAUAUCACCGAGGCAUUCACGCGACGACUGGUGGAAGGAUUUGGCUGGAAGAUUCUGGAUGGCGUGGAUCCCAACCCGACGAAUCUGGUGGGCUGCGCGGUGUAUCAGUUUGCCACGGGCAAGACGGGCUGUCUUCUCCGCCUGGAGCCCAAUUACGACCGCAAGAUGUACCGUAUCACCGUCCGAGCUACGCAGGAGAAUGUGCCGCAGGCGCUGGCACGACAGAUGGAGCAGAAACUUUCACAGGGCCCGGCACUUGGCUGGGAAGUAUAA